CAAAAUUUACGCGACUCCUGCUGGUUCUUCCUCCAUGUGAAUGUCGUCGCCGCUCUUAUAAAAGCGUUUUUGACAAGGUACUGGGGUCAGAUUUUGAAAUGCUUUGAUAAGCUGUUGAAAACUAAGAGUUCAAAAUGACUACCAGGCUGCUGAGCAGAUGUGCACGACUGUUUGCUCGCUGCCCUCACGCCCGCAUACAAGCCGCCACAAUCCACCCCACAGAACCAGUGGGCCCGAUGUCCUUGUCCUGGCAUCAGCUUUCUGCCAGGAAUCUCUGUCAGGGCAAUGAACUGGCCAAGAUGGAGGAGACACCAGUUCUUUAUGAACGCACAGAACUAGUUGGGCUCGUUGAAAAGGCAGAAACGCCACAGGAAGUGCUUCAGUUGUGGGCAGAGCAGGGUAGCUCUGCAAGUGAUGCGGCCAGAUGUCUGGUGCAGCUGAGUCUGCGAGUCACAGAGAAGGGCGGGGAAGGAAUUCUGCGGGAUCCACGCUUUGAAAACAUGCUGGAGACAGUAAACUCUCAGGUGUCUUCGGUAUGGAACGGAUCUCUGGUAGCUCUUCUGCGUGCUCUCACUAUGCUGGGUCUCCCCUCUGAUGCCCCGCUAUUCGGCUCGCUCCAGAACGAAGUGCUUUGGCGAAUACGACGCCUCACUUACCGUCAGCUGACCUACCUGGUGGACUGGGUGGCAUUUCAGCGCAGCAGAGGGCAGGAAAAUGAAGCUCUCACCACAACCGUGCUGAAACAACUAGAGCUGCGCUGGACAGAGCUGUGUGAGCCUCGUACCAUCAGCAUCCUCAUGAGCCGUGCUUCAUUUCUUACCCCCUCGUUCAUGGACAAACUAGAGGAUAAGGCCCUGGAAUUGGCUGAGAACUUCAAUGCAGAGGAUAUUCGCAGGGUAACAUUUGCACUGGCCUCCCAGAACAGGAGGGCCGUUCCUCUUUUACGUGCUCUCUCAUAUCACCUUAACCAGAAACCCUCCUCAGAACUGAAAACACCACUGCUGCUUGACAUCGCAUACGCUUAUGGUAAGCUUAAUUUUCACCAGACGCAUGUGCUCCAGAGAAUAGCUGCAGAGCUGUUGCCUAGGUUAUCAGAAAUGAGCUCUUUCGAUGUCACGCGAUGUGCCAAGUCUCUUGCCUUUCUCAAGUGGCUCCACCUGCCUCUCUUUGAAGGAUUUGCACAGCACUAUGAGAGCAAUAGUGUGAAGUACAGCACUCUGCAGGUCUGUAACCUCCUCAUGUCUUUCGCCAAACUCAACUUUCAGCCCAGCAAAGUGGAGGAGUUUUACCCAAAGGUACACAAAGCUUUGGAAGGUUCAUUUCAGACUUUGGAGCCUUUUCUGAAAAUGGAUGUGGUUUGGUCACUCUGUGUGCUAAACCAAGCCUUACCUGAUCACAUUAGCUCUGUUACAAAGCCUGCCUUUCAAAAGAAACUUACAGGUGGCAGUGUGGGUCGGAUAGAGAACUAUCGUCUUAAAUUGCUUCAUAUCUCAGCCUAUGCGCAGCUGGAGCCUCUAGGAGUCGCCGAUGUCCCCACUGCUGUUCUGCUGCCAGCACCUCAGAACAAAGCGGGUUCCAUCACCCCUCUGCAAAGUGGUAUUCACACAGCUCUCCAGAGUCUGACCAACAGCAGGACGCAGGCUCUCCGCACUUCUGUCAAAACAGUGUACGGCUGGAAAAUAGAUGGAGAGCUUGUGGUAGAUUCAGAAAAUAAGCCGAUUGAUCUGGAGAACCUGAAAGCCCCUCAUUUACCAGGAGGUGGUGGUCCUGAUGUAUUGCCAACAGGUGCACGCCGGAUAGCAUUCGUGGCUUGGGAGUAUACAAACUUUUGUCUCAGGAGUAAGGAUCUUUUGGGACGCUUUGCCAUGCAAAAACGCCAACUACUGCUGGCUGGUUUUAUAGUAGUUGAGGUGCCGUACUUCGAAUGGGUGGAUCUGAAAUCUGAUUGGCAGAAAGUGGCGUACCUGAAGGACAAGUUAGGGAAAGCCGUGGCUGAGGACAUGGCUAAGUGAACCAAACCAUCAAACCAUCAUUACCUUUUAUGGCUUUUACGCUAACAGCACAGGCUGCUGAAGUCAUCAGACCCGGGGCAAAUAAACACGACUUGCAGAUGAGGGAAAGACAUUGAGUAAUAUAUAUAUAUUUAUGCACGCAUGCAUAACAGAGCAACCACUACAGCACCAUGCUCCAAACAUCAUGGUGGAAUAAAAGAGUCAAAGUGCCUGGGAGCUGUGAUUGAUGUCGGUUUGAAAAGAGAACUGAACCUCCAGAUAUGCUCAGCAGAUGCUUUGAAGCAACAUAAAGUUGUGCAUCCACUGCAUUUCCGAAUGGGAAAUUAAGUGAAGGUGUGACGAUAUGACAUGAUGUUUACCACACUGGAGAUCAUAUUUUAUAUUUAUUUGUCAUCAUGAACAACAUAAUAAAUUCACCAUCCGCAGUACAUAAUAAUAAUAAUGGCAGGCACCUUCUGUUUUUUUGAUGCGUUGCUUAGACGACACUUAGGGCUUUCCUUGUUUCCAAGGAGACAGUUUUUAAGGUUAAACAUAUUUAUGGAGAAGGUAUUGCUCAGAAACUCCGAGAUUUAGUACUUAAAAUAUACUUUCAUUACAGCAGAAAGUACAACUUUGCAGUUACUGUUUAUUAGUAAAGCUUGACAUUGAAAACUGUUAUAUGAUACCAACUCUACCUGCCUCACCUGAUGUUUGUAAAAUAGUGAAUAUGUUGUGAUUUCACAAAAAAUGUAACAUGUAAACAUAUUUAUCAGAAAAAAAUAUUUGAGAAAUACAAAAGACAUACUACGAAAUAAUAAAAUGUUUUAUCUGGAUAUUGUA